AUGGACGGCUACCAGAACGGUGGCGUCAGCUCGCAGCAAUUGCGCAUUGCCAUCUGUGGCACUGCAAACCGCCUCACAGAACAGACUCACGACACAGGCUUGCGAGACCUCCAUGAUGUUGUGCGAGAGUGCAUGGAGGAUGCGCGUGAAGCAACAAGACCUGAGGAGGGCGAUUAUGUUGGUCUUUUUGUCGGAUUUUCCGAAAAAGACACCGAGAAGCAGGGCUCUGGCGAGACUGAGCCCAUCAAUUACCUGGCAAAGGAGCUUGGCAUCCAAGGACCCUCCAUGGCGAUCAUGUCCGAGUUUUCGUCGGGGUUGAUUGCAUUGCAUGAAGCGUGUUAUGCUAUCUCGAUGGGUAUGGCCACAUCCGCCAUUGUCGCUUGUGCAGAACCUCCGCUUCUCACGACAUCUGUUGAACAAGAUGCCAUUUCUGUGCUCUACUUGAAGCCGUUGCAUGCUGCUCGGCGGGAUGGAAACCCCGUUCGCGCAGUGAUUCGUGCAGCAGAGACCGACUACUAUAGCUCAUUUCAUGAAGCCGAGCUACCAACAGAGCGUAUGUAUGAGACUCUUAUUCGAAGAGCCUAUGAAAAGGCUGGAUUAGACCCUGGACACACCAUUAAUGUCCAACAAACUGUUGCGCCAUCCACUGCGGUUGCUGAGCCCGAAAAGGUCGCAUUGCAAAGUGUAUUUGGCCUCGAGCGUAUCACCACUGACCGGCAAAAGGAUCAGCCGGCCAUUGGUAUUGGCAUGGCAGGCCUGUUCAAGGCCAUUGACUGGCUGAUUCGAAACAGUCCUUCACAGAAUCUAAAUGGUUCAUCUCCUUCGUCUCCCCAAAAUGACGAAGAUCUCUCAAAACAAGUCGGUGUCAACUCGUUUGGCCCUCGAGGAUUCAAUGUCCACGCCGUCCUAGAAUCUCACCCGGCCGCUUCUCGGUCAUCAGGAGAGCCUCAGCAUGACUCUAGCCCAGAAAGGUUCAGUAUGAUUUCUCCAGAUAAUGUGAGCGAUAUUCUGCGACAUGCCAGGUCGCAAUGUCAACUCCUGGGUGAUUACAAAAUUGAGGACAUUUAUCCUUGCACCCCAUUACAAGAAAGCUUUAUGGCUAUGGGCGAAGAGCAGCCCGGGUCCUAUUUCCAUCGUUGGGUAUACAAGCUGCCUUCUGGUAUACGCUCGGACCGACUCAGGGAAGCAUGGGACGUGGUGAUUGAACAAAACAGCAUUUUGCGUUCCCGGAUCAUUCUUUUUCAUGAUCAAGCUCUCCAAGUUGUCAUCGCAGAUGAUAUCUCAUGGGAGAAGCCUGCCACAAAUUUGAGUGUUCAUGCAUAUGUCAACCAGGUACGAUCAUUGAAUAUGACGUAUGGAAGUCGUCUCAACCGAUAUGCGAUCAUCCAGGAAGAUGACGGAAGCUCAUACUUUAUUUGGAUUGCUCACCACGCCAUGUUCGACACCUCCUCCAUGCAGACGAUACUUGAUUCUCUACACCGAGCCUACCAUGGUAGCGAUCUGGGAUCAAGCGUCCCGUAUACUAACUUCAUCCGUUACACUCAGUCACUCAAUGCUGAAGCCGCAAGGAGCUACUGGAGAAAUGAACUUGAGGGGGCAAUACGAUCACAAUAUCCUCAUUCUAGCCCCACGAAGACGUCCAAGCUAUCAGUUCGGAGGAAAAGGAUAUCGAUGUCCUUUCGGGGCGGAACGGAAUCCUGCUUUAAGCAGUCCACGAUUCUGUACGCAGCAUGGGCAAUGGUGCUCUCUCAAUAUUGCGAUUCUUCUGAUGUGUGCUUUGGAACUGCAAUCACUGGAGGGGAAACUUCCGCCUUCGGCUUGAGCGAUGUGUCUGGACCAACUACUGCUGAAAUUCCCAUCCGACUUCUUGUUGACGCGAAGCAAUCCGUUUCAGAAUUUCUCGAAUGCGUCCAAUCAAAGGUAUCGGGAGCGGAUGCAUUCGAGCAAUUUGGACUGCAAAAUAUUGCUAAAGUCAGUCAAGAUGCGAAGGAAGCCUGCAAUUUCUCCAAUGUGAUGGUCAUGCAGCCUGAAAACUGCUCGUCCAUGGCCGCUCUGACUGAGGAGGAUGCCGUUCUGCAUCAUGAGCGAGACCAGAUUGAGCUUUCCGAAGAAAGUUUGAACAACUACUUCAAGUACCCCCUCGUCAUGCAUCCUAGUCUGGAAAACGACCAGUUUCAGAUGGAUUUUGUCUAUCAUUCUGAUCUUGUAUCAGAAACACAACUGGAAGGGAUAUACUAUCACAUGGAGCAUGUCAUGAAGCAGCUUGUUCGACCUAUUGAUUGCCAUCUGGGCGAAAUCCAAGUUUCGGGCCCGUGGGAUAUUUCUUUCGCCUGUAACACCAACCAAGAAAAACCCGAGGUGGUGGAUAGAUGCAUCCACGAAAUGUUCGAGCAGCGGGUGGAGCUUGGCGGGGAGAGAGUAGCCAUCGAUGCUUGGGACUUGACAUUAACGUACAGGGAAUUAAACUGUUCAGCUAAUAGGCUGGCCCAUCGUUUAAAAAAUCGGCAUGGAAUCAAGCCUGGGGAUUUGGUGCACGUAUGCUUUGAGAAGUCUGCAUGGUUCUUCAUAUCUGUGCUGGCUGCGAACAAAGCAGGGGCCGGCUGGGUCCCCCUGGAUCCUUCGCAUCCUCUUGAACGUCUUGAAAAGCUUGUCAGUCAGUCAAAAGCGGCAAUAGCGCUAUCUUCACCCAACAAUGUUUCCAUCUGCACCAAGUUGAUGGGAGAGAGUGUCCUGGAAGUCAGCCAGAGCUUGGAUGAAGAACUCAAGGCUAGCGAGUCGAGUGCGAACGGGUGUGCCGCCGUAUCACCAGACGAGGUUGCGUAUGUGAUUUUCACAUCAGGAACUACGGGAAUGCCGAAAGGUGUUGUGAUUCAACAUAAAGCGCUCUGCACUAGCCAAACGGACUGGGUUAGAAAGUCAGGCCUGAGUCCUGAAGAUCGAUUACUCCAAUUCAGUUCAUAUGUGUUUGACAUGGUGAUUGGAGAGACUUUUGCCUCCCUGAUAAAUGGAACAUGUGUUUGCGUGCCAUCGGAGGAGGACCGUCUCAAUCGACUGGCAGAUUAUAUCCAGGAAAAAUCAGUCACGUGGUUAUUUCAGACCCCCUCAGUUUUACAGACUCUGGAUCCCAAUGAUGUGCCUGGCUUGCGGACCUUGGUCGUCGGAGGUGAGGCAAUCAGUCAAGAUCUUGUCGAACAGUGGUUUGGCAAGGUCAGGCUUUUUGGAGCGUGGGGACCAACGGAAGCAUGUUGCAUCGCCGCAUUGAACGAGUUCACGGCGCCGCAUGAGUCUUCAAAGUGUCUUGGUCGCCCUAUUGGUGGGCACAACUGGCUCGUCGAUCCCAGUGAUGCAAGUCGAUUGGCGCCGAUUGGAGCUAUCGGCGAAGUUGUCAUUCAAAGUCCGGCGCUUCUCAAGGAGUAUCUGCAUGAUAAAGUCAAGACCGAAUCAAGUAUCGUUCAAUCACUACCCUCUUGGGUGCCGUAUUCCUCCUCUGCACAUUGGAGCCGUUGGUAUAAGACUGGUGAUCUUUGCCGUUACAAUCCUGAUGGGACAUUUGACUAUGUAUCUCGAAAGGACACCCAAGUCAAGAUCAAUGGCAUGAGGGUUGAGGUCGAGGAAAUUGAACGCAAUAUUCGAGAUCACCUCCACGACGUAUGCCAGGUUGUGGUCGAUAUCAUAAGAACCCAGGCUGGUUUAAACGUUGUGGCCUAUCUCUGCUUUACUGAUGCCAGGAAGUCUGGGAGUUUUUCCGCCACUGACAUAUUUGAGCUUCCUUCCGAGGAGAAUGACACUCUGGCGGCUGGAUUGGUCACGAAAUUAGGUGUCAAGCUACCCAGCUAUAUGAUUCCGACUUGCUUUCUUCACUGUCGCUUUAUGGCUAUUAAUUCGUCCCUGAAAGCGGAUAGGAAAAGGUUGAAGCAGCUGGUUUCGGAAUUAGACAGGUCCGCCAUCAGCCGUUAUUCACGUAUCAAUACCAAGAAGAUCAUGCCCGAGACGAAGAUGGAGCGUUCUCUACAGGUGCUCUGGGCUCAAGUGUUGCAACUAGCACAGGAGAGUAUUGGCCGAGACGACGGCUUCCUGGAAAUAGGAGGUGAUUCCAUUUCUGCCAUCAAAUUAAUUAGUGCUUGCCGAAAGAAAGGCAUUGGACUACUGACCAAGGAUGUCCUUGACAGUCCUUCUCUAUCCUCAGUCGCCACAAAGGCCGUUUACCUCGAGCAGGGAACGUCGACUAAACCACUCCCAAUCAGGCCAUUCAGUCUUCUCGGACAAGAGGCCAUUCGGAAAGUUCAAAGUGAGGAAAUAAGAGAACUCUGUGGCUUUUCCGAGGAUCAGCUGAUCGAGGAUGCCUUCCCAUGCUCAUCCAUGCAGGAAGGUUUAAUGGCAGUCUCAGUGAGACAACCAGGGUCUUACGUUACCAAGUUUGUGUUCAAAAUUCCUGAAUAUGUGGAUAUCGAUUUGAUGAAGGCUUCCUGGGAAAAUGCUGUUCUACAAUGCCCAAACAUGCGCUCUCGAAUUGUUCUUGUGGACGGGGAAAGCAUUCAACUGGUCGUCAAAGAAAACACUGCAUGGGAGCACGAUACUGCCACUGAUCCGGCCACAUACAUUAGCCAACAAAACUUUGAAUAUAUGGGAUAUGGUACAUCCCUGUCGAAAAACACGAUCCUGAGUUGCCAGAAUGACAUAUACUUUGUCUGGAUGGCCCAUCAUACUUUCCACGACGGCUGGUCGGUGAAUAUCCUCUUUGACAUUUUUGAGAAGACGUAUCUGGGAUCUAAGUUAGAUCCUCUGGCGGAAUAUCCCCUUUUCAUCAAGUACACCCGAGAAAUUGAUGGAGUGGCCGCUGGAGAAUAUUGGGCACAGAAGUUAAAGGGGAGCAAGAGAAUGACAUUCCCACCCCACAGCCACAAGUCAUCUCGCGAUCCUCGAAUGCACAGUCAUUUGAUUAACUUGAAAGGCUCUCUGAGAGGAACAAUAACCAAUUCAAGCAUAAUCCGGGCCGCUUGGGCCUUGGUUAUAGGUCGGUAUGAGGAUACGAGCGAUGUCUGCUUUGGAGCAACUGUUUCUGGCCGACAAGCGCCGGUUCCAGGGAUUGACAGCAUGCCCGGACCUACAAUUGCAACCGUUCCAGUCCGAUAUUAUCUUGAUCAUAGUGAGAAGAUUUCCACUUUUCUUCAUGCGGUUCAAAAGGACGGCCUGGACACUGUUCCCCAUGAACAAGCCGGCCUGCAAAAUAUCUCGAAACUUGGAGAAGAUGCACAAGCUGCGACUGACUUCCGCACGCUGUUGGUUAUUCAGCCAACUAUCAAGAAGAGUGACAGAGAAUCUGGUGGCCAAUCGGUACUGUUGGAAGGAAGCGAAGAACGUGAAAUCCGACACGAGUCCAUGGGCAAUUACUUUGAGUAUCCUCUUGUGCUCGUCAGUAACGUGUAUGAGGAUCAGAUUGAUCAGCGAUUUUUUUAUGACCGUAACGUCAUAUCAGACGAAAGAAUCGUUGCCAUAUCAAAUCAUCUUGAUUACGCUGUUCAGCAACUUCUAACGAAGCCAGAUGAAUAUCUGCUUGGAGAUGUGUCUUUGGUUAGUUCGUGGGAUCUGCAGCAUGCGGUCAACUCACAAAAGCUAUGCGAGUCUACCCGCUCUUGCACCCAUUGGCUAAUUAAGGAGCAAAUUGAAGCCCGGCCCUCCGACUUAGCUGUCGCAGCUUGGGAUGGAGAUAUGACUUAUAAGCAGCUUGGUCUCUACAGUGCUCGACUCGCAGUUAAGUUACAGACACUUGGCGUGGGGCCGGAAGUUCUUGUUCCUUUUUGUUUUCCCAAGUCCGUAUGGGCGAUCGUUACGAUGGUAGCUAUCCAGAUGGCUGGUGGUGCGUUUGUGCCGCUCGAUCCAGCCGCACCAAUUACACGUCUCCAGAACAUUGUCAAAGGCACUAGUGCGAGUCUCGUUAUUGGACCACCGUCAAAUCGGCAGGUUUUGGAUGCGCUGCAAUCCCGUGUGCUUCUUGUGGACAAAGACACCAUUCUUGAGCUGCCUGAUCCUGCGCAGCCAGUCUCAUGCGCCACCCAGCCAGAAAACGCAAGCUUCGUUAUCUUCACAUCUGGAUCGACUGGUGCGCCCAAGGGCAUUGUAAUUCAACACGAUCAGGUUUGCACCUCGUUCUGCAGUGGAUACGCAGAGAAGCUUGGAGUAGGGCCAGGAACCCGCGUUUUCCAAUUCGCUGCUUAUACUUUUGACAUGGGCAUUUUCGAUGUGAUGGGAAGCCUGAGUCAAGGAGCAUGUAUCUGCGUGCCAACUGAUCACGACAGGUUAUAUGACCUAGCAGCCUCUAUUCGCUCUUUUAAGGCGAAUUAUUUAAGCUGUACCCCCACAGUGGCCAAUCUCUUGCAUCCGGAUGAGGUUCCUUUACUCAAAAUGGUUGUUCUCGUUGGAGAGGUUAUCACUAUGAAAACUUCGAACCGCUGGAAAGACCAUGUACAUCUCAUUGGGUUGUACGGACCAGCAGAAGGCAACUGCUGCGCCCAUAACAACCUCGUCGGAGAAAAUGGAAGGCCCUUUGAUAUAGGGAUUCCAUUAGCCAGCGCACUCUGGGUAGUCAACCCGGAAAAUAUCAAGGAGUUAGUCCCUGUUGGGUGCGUGGGUGAGCUCUUGAUCCAAGGUCCGAUGCUUGCCCGUGGCUAUAUCAACGUGUCCGCUGAACAAGCUUCCAACUGGAUUGAAAGGGUUGACUGGCUCCCAGGUGGUGAACUAAGUCAUCGUCGAGCAUACAAGACUGGUGAUCUCGUUCGUCGUAAUGCAGAUGGUACCUAUGACUACCUUGGUCGUAAGGAUACCCAGGUCAAGAUACGCGGUCAAAGAGUUGAGCUUGGAGAGAUUGAAAGCUUGAUGUACAAUUUUCUCCCUAAAGAGAUGAGCGCCAUCGUUGAGAUUGUCCGAAGAGAAGGCGAAGACCUUACUGAUCUGUUUGCUUUGAUUUGGUAUACAGAUAGUUCGGAGGCGAUAACACAAGGCCCAGCCAGGUUGCUAGACCUCGUAUCCCCAGAGACCCAGUCUCUGAUAUCGUCGCUCAACAACUCCUUAGAAAGAUUACUGCCUUCAUAUGCGAUGCCGUCGUCGUAUCUAGUGCUUCAAGGUACACCCUCCACGACGACUUCAGGAAAGGUCGAUAGAAAGUCAUUAGCAGCUCUUGCUGCCUCUGUUUCACCUCAAGACCGCCUGCGAUUUUCCCCCGAAGUAUUGAAAAGUGAACCACCAACCACGGAGAUGGAAUUUAAGCUACGAGACUUGUGGAGUCAAAUACUUGGGAUCAACAGUGAGGAUAUUGGGAAGUACGACAGCUUCUUGCGUCUCGGGGGAGAUUCCAUCAAUGCCAUCAAACUCGUGUCCGUCGCAAGACAGCGGGGCCUGCUCAUUGAUGCUUCGGCAAUCUUCCGAGAGCCACAGCUUGCCUCGAUGUCUGAGCGGAUAACUCAAGCAGACAAGCCGUUCGCUACCAAUAUAGGGCCCUUUGGCAUGGUAUCAAGUAUUCAAACAGAGAGGCUUCUCUCUGAGAUACAGAUUGGCUGUGGCCUUUCUUCAUCUUCUUUAGUUCAGGAUGCAUAUCCUUGUACGAAGUUACAGGAGGGCCUCAUGGCUUUAACUCUCAGAAAGCCUGGAUCGUACAUCGCCCGGCACAUGUUCAAGCUAGCACCUGAAGUCGACUUGAUUCGAUUCCGUGCAGCUCUACAAAAGACUGCGGAGGUGUGCACCAACUUGCGGACAAGAAUAAUUGAAAUUGGUAACGUGGCAGUCCAGGCCAUUAUCAAGGACGAUUUCCAUUGGGAAGUGUUUCAAGAAAACAUGGAUCUCAAAGGCAUGGUCAAGGCUACAAAUGAUAUCAAGAUGACAUAUGGUUCAGCGCUUAACCACUACCGAGUUGCCCGCGACGGCAAAGGGAACCGUUACUUCCUUUGGCUUAGCCAUCACACAACCUUUGAUGGCUGGACCCUUCGCGUCGUGAUGAGUGCUUUGGCACAGCUCUAUCAAAACAGUCUUGCCCUGACCGAUGCUCGACCUUAUGCGGAGUUCAUCUCCUACACAUUAAGCAUUAACGACAAAGCCGCAGAAUCUUUUUGGACAAAGGAGUUGGAGGAUGCUCGUGGAUCACCUUUCCCGUCAAACCAUCACUCCGCAUCUGGAAGCUCCAAGAUUUAUACGAGGCCUAUCUCUUUGCCAAAGCUUCGUUCUAGCUCAAUUACAAAGGCGACGGUCCUUCGAGCAGCAUGGGCAAUAAUGUUGACUAGAUAUAGCGGGACUGACGAUGCUAUGUUUGGCGCGACGGUUUCGGGCAGAAGUGCUCCCAUUGAGGGCGUUGAGAAUAUCUCAGGAGCGAUGAUAGCCACGGUGCCUGUGUAUGUCAAGCUGAGACAAGACGUUUCAGUGAACGAGUUUUUGAUUCAAAUUCAGAACCAGGCGGCAGAUAUGAUGGCUUACGAGCAGUUUGGUCUCCAGAGAAUUUCCAAGAUCAAUGAAAACACCAAGGAGGCAUGCAAUUUCUCAAGUCUGAUCGUCGUUCAGACAGGCGAGACAUCUGGACAUAUCUCUAGCGACCAGAUCCUGGUACCAGUGUCAAGUGACGAGGUGGUGAAUGAUUGGCUUGAAGGGUACUUUACCUACCCUCUGGUCAUGGAGAGCAUCCUGCUUGAUGAUGAUAAGAUCGAGAUUUCGUUAACAUACGACACUACCUGUCUACAUCACGCUCAGAUCGAAGCAAUGUCGUGUCACUUCGAGCAGGUGGCCUCGGAGCUUAUUCGUGAUUCCGAGAAGCUAGUGAAAGACAUCACCAUGACUAGUCCUUGGGAUGUUAAAACGGCGAUAGCUCGCAAUCCAUCACCAGUCAUCAGUGACACAUGUGUACAUCAUAUUGUUGAGGAGCAUGGGAGGAAUAGGCCGGAUUCGCCCGCCGUCUAUGCCUGGGAUGGACAACUCACUUACUCCGAACUUAACAAGGCAGCAAACCGCCUUGCAAUGUAUCUCAUUAAUGUUUACAAGGUCAAGGUGGGGGAUGUAGUCCACGUGUGUUUCGACAAAAGCAUGUGGUACUUCGUUGCCAUCCUGGCCAUCAACAAGGCUGGUGCAGCUUUCGCGCCCAUCGACCCGGCGCACCCAAAACAGCGUAAGCAGUAUAUGGUACAGAAAACUGGAUCAACUGUGAUGCUCGUCUCGGCCGAGCAUGCCACUAUGUCACAGGAAAUUGCCCAGCAUGUCAUCGUCGUCAGUGCAUCAUUAGAUGCUAGCAUCGAUACGUCUGAAUGUCCUAAGACGGCCGUUACGCCGAACGACGUUGCAUAUAUCUUGUUCACAUCCGGCACCACUGGCGUGCCUAAAGGGUAUGUUAUGGAACAUCGGUCGGUGCAUACAUCCCAUCGCCCUAUUACAGAAGUCACCAAGGUCAACUCUGAGUCGAGGAUUCUGCAGUUCAGUAACUUCGUGUUUGAUUUCUCUACUGGAGAAAUCUUCCAAAGCUUCAUGAAUGGAAGCUGCAUUUGCGUUCCCUCAGAGGAAGCGCGACUGAACAAUAUACAGGCAUUCAUUCGUGAAGCUCACGUUGAUACCUUGUUGAUUAGUCCAGCCUUCGCUCGCACGCUGAAGCCUGAGGAUGUGCCUUCUGUUAAACUUCUUGGACUUGGAGGAGAACAAGUACCGCACGAUCUUCUCAAAAUUUGGUUUGGAAAGGUACGGUUGAUAAAUAUGUACGGCCCUGGUGAAAUCUGUUUUGCUUGCGCGUUUCACGAAUAUCAGUCCGUCGACGACUCACCGGCCACCAUUGGUCAUGCUGUUGGAUCGUCUUGCUGGGUUGUUGACCCGAAUAACCACAAACAAUUAGCACCUAUUGGUACAGUGGGGGAGAUCUUGAUUCAAAGCCCCUCAGUGAUUCGUGAAUACCUUGCGGACGAGGCCAAGACCAAAGCUACGAUUAUUGAUGAUAGUCUUCCUUGGACUUCCAACGUUCAUCGCUCUUUCAAAUCUGGGGACCUUGCUUUCUAUAACGCAGACGGUGCGCUGGAGUUUGUAAGCAGAAAGGAUACCCAGGUAAAAAUUCGUGGUCUUAGGGUAGAGCUGGGUGAGAUUGAACAAAACAUAAUGUCCUUGCUGAACGGGGUGGCACAAGUUGUUGUGGACGUCUACCGAGCCGAAGAGGCGGUCCAUCUAGUUGCCUUUUUCUCCUUCUCCGAGUCGAGACAAAUGCUUGACUCUGGAGGCCUAGUUCUACAGAGCAUGUUUUCAGUCAUUACGCCAGAGGUCCAUCAGAUGCUGCAGCAGCUGGUUGGGAAACUCCGCAUCGUUUUACCAAAAUAUAUGAUUCCAACUAUGUACAUUCCUUGUACGUUCAUGCCGAUUGGCCAUUCCUCCAAGCUUGAUCGCAACGCGUUGCAGGCGUCCACGAAAGAACUGAGCCGUGAGCAACUUCAUCUUUACUCCCUGGUUAGCUCGAAAAAGAGGGCACCAGAGACAGAGAUGGAAAUUCGCUUGCAAAAUCUGUGGUCCUCCAUCCUUAAGAUACCAGCAGAAUCUAUCGGCCGCGAUGAUAGCUUCAUACAAAUUGGCGGAGACUCGAUCUCUGCCAUCCACCUUGUCAACGCAGCAAGAGAACAAGGAAUCGGCCUCACCGUAAAAAGUAUUUUUGACGACCCGAGACUUCUUAUGGUGGCUGCUUCUGCGAUCGAGAUUACCCCAGACGAGGAAGAGUGCGCUGACAUCCAGCCAUUCAGUUUACUGCCAGGAUCUCUUCAAGGCGACUGGGAACUGCACUUGACUGCGUUCCAGGAGGGCCUCAUGGCCCUCGCCGUGAAGCAACCUGGGUCUUACAUCGCACGAUGGAUCUACAAACUCGCCGAUAGCACCAACAUUGAUCUCUUUCAAGCCGCUUGGGACAGAACCGUGCACAUAUGUUCAAACUUCCGAACCCGUAUUGUCAACGUUUCUGGGACAACUUUGCAAUUAGUGAUACAAGAUGAUACUACCUGGGAACGAACGGAAGGUAUGGAGCUGACAGAUUUCGUCCAAAAAAUGAAGGAUUUGAAGAUGAGUCUAGGUUCACGUUUGAACCGGUGGGCCUUAGUAAAAGAGUCUACCGGUGAUUGUUACUUUGUUCUCGUAACGCAUCAUGCAACAUAUGAUGGUUGGUCAUUGCAACUGGCCUUGAGAACACUAGCACAAUCCUACUUUCAAACUGGACAAGUAAACAUUAAACCCUUUGACUAUUUCGUUCGUCACAUGCUCAGAUUAGACCGCGAAGCUGCAAAGGCGUUCUGGCUUGCGCAGCUCGAGGGCGCUCAGCGAGCUGUCUUCCCACCGAUCAAACACGGAUAUGAAUCCAAGACGACCAGUGUGAUGGCGAAGACGAUUGACUUACCUCCCUCUACACAUGAUUCAAUCACCAACGCGACCAUUAUGAGAGCUGCUUGGGCCUUGGUACUAGCAAAGUACUGUGACGCAGAUGAUGUUUGCUUCGGCACUUCGAUAUCUGGUCGGCAGGCUGCCGUGUCCGGUAUAAGUGAUAUAUCCGGCCCGGUUGUGACUACUGUACCAGUCCGAAUUCGGGUCAACCCAGUACAGCAAGCAAGUGAGUUCUUGCGGGACGUGCAACAACAGGCUGUUGAGAUAUUCGAAUACGAGCAGUACGGCCUACAGAACAUCCUCAAACUGGGCGACUCCAUUCGCGACGCCUGCAACUUCUCUAGCUUACUUGCUGUUCAGCCAUCGGAGAAGAUGGCAGAAAUGGGGAGCAUGGCGCAGUCCAUUUUUUCUUCGUCUGGCGACAAGCAGGCCUCUGGUUCCUUGGAAGGAUAUUUCAGUUACCCACUUGUGGUUCAAACUAUUAUUUCAGACACGUUGAUUCAGCUGCAUGUCAGUUAUGACAUCAACAUCGUUGGAGAGCACAAGGUUACGGCUUUGACUAAUCAUCUUGAGCACACGAUCAAGAGUCUUGUUAGCGACGGUGACCAACGUCUUAACCAAAUCUCCAUAGCUGGCCGUUGGGAUCUGGAGCUGGCCAUGAAGUUCAAUUCCGAGGUCCCUGAGAUCGUAGAGGACACGCUCCAUUCUCGACUGUCCAAACAGGCUCGGGAGCAACCUGACGCCGUUGCCAUUCAAUCUGGAGACGCUACUCUGACUUUUAAAGAACUUGAUACUGGCGCGGACAACCUGGCAGGGCAUUUGGUUACAGCCUUCGAAGUCCACAGGGGCGAUCUGGUCCACGUUUUAUUCGAAAAGACUAUUUGGUAUUUCAUUGCGAUUUUGGCUAUUAAUAAAGCCGGUGCCGCCUGGGUACCCCUGGAUCCUUCCCAUCCAGUUCAGCGUCACCGACAGGUAUUGUCCCAAACUCAAUCUAAGUUGAUCUUGGCAUCUCCCCAGCAUGCUGGGCUAGCUGCACAACUUCUUGGUCAAGUACUGCAGAUUGACCGGCAGCUCAUCUCUGCCCUCGAACAAUCUCACCCUGAUGUCAAUAUUUUGCAUGGUAUUGCUGGUCCGAGUGAUAUAGCAUAUGUUCUCUUCACCUCAGGCAGCACUGGCGUCCCCAAGGGGUUCGUGAUGCAACACCGUGCGCUCUGUACGAGCCAAAGGGCAGUUCAGAAGAGAAUUGGCCCUCGUCCGGGUAUCAAAGUCCUCCAAUUUGCCUCAUUUGUCUUCGAUUUUUUCAUUGGCGAAACUGUGGAUUCUCUCAUGGCAGGUGCAACCAUUUGCAUCCCAUCAGACGACAUUCGAAUGAAUAGUUUAGUUGACUUCAUCCGCCGUACGGAAGCUAACUGGUUAUUUUUAACGCCAUCCUUUGCUCGAACAAUCAAUCCUGAGUCCGUACCAUCAGUGGAGCUCUUGAUUCUCGGAGGUGAAGCUGUCGGACGAGACCUCUUUGAGACCUGGGUCGGUAAGACUCGUGUGAUCAACGCUUGGGGUCCGGCCGAAGCUUGCUGUUUCGGCUCUAUGCAUGAGUGGACGAGCUUAGAUGAAUCGCCUCUCACUAUUGGCAAGCCAAUAGGGGGCCAUUGCUGGAUUGUAGACCCAGAUGAUCACCAUAAGCUUGCCCCUGUCGGAACCCUUGGAGAAGUCGUCAUUCAGGGCCCUACUCUGCUCCGGGAAUAUCUUAGGGACCCCGAACGAACUGGAGAAGCUGUCUCCUGUGACAUCCCCCGCUGGAUGCCAAAUGCCGACAAACCUCAUUGGGGGCGAUUUUAUAAGACUGGUGACCUAUGUUACCUCAACGACCAGGGGCUCUUGGAGUUCUACAGCCGUAAAGAUACUCAGGUUAAGAUCAGAGGGCUGCGUAUUGAAUUGGGCGAGGUGGAACACCAGAUUCUGACCAAUAUGCCUGGUGUCCGGCAAAUAGCUGUAGAUGUCUUCCGCAACGCCACCGGUGCCCAUCUUUGUGCCUAUCUUUGCUCAACAAUGGCAAAUAACAUCGAGAAGCCACGUGAUGACGAACUCUUUCAACCUCUGGAUACCGAUACGAAGACGGACUAUUUUGUCCUGUCCAAGAAAUUGAGAACGAUUUUGCCCCCAUAUAUGGUACCUACCUUCUUCAUUUCUUGUUCUUAUAUGCCCUUCAUUACGACCUCGAAGCUCGACCGCAAACGUCUGCGCGCCGAGACUGAAAAGCUCACUCAAGUGAAAAUGGCCCAGUAUGCUCUGCAAGAUGUUCAGAAGCGAGUCCCAGAAACCUCAACCGAGAUUCUACUGCAACAAAUUUGGGCAGACGUGCUACAAGUUUCCACUGAAUCUAUCGGCCGAGACGACAGCUUUUUGGCCAUUGGUGGAGAUUCCAUUACAGCAAUCAGCGUCGUAACAGCUGCUCGAGAUAGAGGGUUUUCUCUCAAGGUAGACAAUAUCUUCAGAUCCCCACAACUGCAUGAGCUCGCCCUCCAAACUUCACGCAUCACCGAACCUGAGGCGGAGGCAAUUCAAGUUCGGCCAUUUGAGCUCCUCACUGAAAAUGAGCGUGAGCUGGUUAUUGGUGGUAGCAUUCACAAACAAUACAACUGGCCGGCCGACUAUAAGAUCGAAGAUGCGUAUCCUUGUUCGCCACUGCAGGAAGGACUCAUAGCUCUUGCUGAGAAGCAGAUUGGCUCGUACAUUACAAAAUAUGUCUUUCGUAUAUCUAAGUCUAUCUGCUUGCAGCGUUUCAAGACCGCCUGGGAGAAUACUGUACAGCUCAACGGUAAUCUACGGACCAGAAUUGUUGCUUCCCCAGACCGGUCCAUCCAGGUCUUGAGUACAAAUGACAUGUGCUGGGAGGAUACCAAAGGAUUAAGCUUGCCUGCCUUCCUAAAAGCGACACAAAAAUAUGAAAUGACUUUCGGAUCUAGACUCAAUCGCUUCGCAAUUAUCACUAACCCAGAUGGGACUGCUUAUUUCAGUUGGAUUGCACAUCACUCCGUUCUAGAUGGAGGAUGCGUCAAUCUCAACUUUACCACCUUAUAUAACAGCUACUGGAAUCGAGCCCCUGUCCAGAUUUCACCUUUUAGCGGCUUCAUCAAAUAUAUCCUCAAUCUUGAUUUUCAACUGGCCACUGAGUUCUGGAGGGAACAGCUCGAGGGAGCCACCCGUCCUUCUUUCCCCCAGGCGGCCGUGUACGAGGCAAAGCCGACCUUCAAGUACCUCCGCUAUGAAAUUGCAACGCCGAAGGUUGCUGGUAAUACAAUCACUGUUGCGAAUAUGUUGAGGGCAGCCUGGUCUAUCGUCAUGGCCCGUCACUGCAAUAGUGACGAUAUUUGUUUUGGUGCAACUCUAUCUGGCCGAAAUGCAUCUGUUCCUGGGCUUCGUAAUAUGCCAGGUCCCUCGAUUACAACUAUCCCCGUGCGUAUUCAACUAGAUUUUGAGUCCACAGUCCAGGAUUUCCUGGAUUCUGUACAAAACCAAGCUACAGACAUGACGCCAUUUGAGCAGUUUGGUCUUCAGAAUAUCUCAAAAAUCAGCGAGAGCGCCAGAGAGGCCUGCCAGUUCCCGACUUUGAUGGUCCUUCGACCUCAACAGCUAUUUGAGAUUGCUACAGAUGAGAGCAUUUUGGAGUUUGGAAAAGACACAGAAUAUAUCGACCAAGAGAUGGAGAACUACUUCAACUAUCCUCUGUUAUUCGAGGCCGAUUUUAGCCAAGAUUUGGCCAAAGUUCGCAUUGGGUAUAAUGUAGACGUUAUCUCUUCCACCAUGGCUGAAGCUAUUUCGCACCAGGUGGAUUGCGUUGUACAGCAGCUGAUAUCACGCAGCUCGUUCCAAAAGCUCUCAACUAUUUCUAUGGUUGGCACAUGGGACAAGGAACAUGCAGUCCGGCAUCAAAAUAUGAAACCAUCAACGGAUCUUUGUAUCCACGACAUGAUCCAGCAACAGAUGCAAAGGACUCCCGAUCUACAAGCUAUAGUAUCUUGGGAUGGCGAUAUGACAUAUAGCGAGGUUGAGCACUAUUCUACGCUUCUUGCGGGCAAGCUGCAAUCUCUGGGCGUUGGCCCUGAGGUAUUUGUCCCAAUUUGCUUCCCAAAGUCAAUCUGGGCGGUUAUAACGAUGAUUGCUGUGAAUAUGGCAGGUGGUGCAUUCGUUCCUCUCGACUUCAGCGCGCCGGUCCCCCGUUUGAAAAGUAUUUUGCAAGAUACAAACGCCACCUUAGUGCUUGCAGGAGAUUCUUGUCUUGAGGUGGCCAGUUCCCUCGAUGUCCCCAUGUACUGCAUCGACCGCAACUUCAUCGAUAAGCUUCCACGAAGUCCCGUCGCCUCCCUUGCGAAGUAUACAAAUGCAAGUUUCGUUAUGUUUACUUCUGGGUCCACCGGUAAACCAAAGGGCAUGGUUUUUGAACACCGCAACACGUGUUCCACAUCGACUAGCCACGGUACCAUUCAAGGAUGGGGACCUGGUACUCGGGUUUUCUCUUAUUCUGCUUAUACAUUUGAUAUUGGCGUGAUCGAUGUCAUGGUAUCCUUAUCCCGGGGUGCUUGUCUAUGUAUUCCAUCAGAAUGGCAGCGAUAUAAUGACAUUCAUGGAGCAAUUAAUACUCUGAAAGCAAACUGGACAUUCCUGACACCAACACUUGCCACUUUGGUCAAACCGGCUGAGAUUCCUACGAUCAAAAACGUUGGCCUCGGAGGAGAGAAUGUAACCAAGCAGGUGGUAGAUAAUUGGAGGGGCUAUGCGACCCUCCACAACUUGUAUGGGCCGGCGGAGGCGUCUAUCUGCGGAUGGAUUGCUGAUGUCGGAAUUAUUUCAAAGCCUAACAAUAUCGGCGUUCCGUCUUCGUGUGCCUGGUGGGUCGUCGAUCCCAAUGACCACCGCCAGCUUAUUCCUGUUGGAUGUAUUGGUGAGCUUAUGAUUCAAGGCCCAAUGAUGGCUCGCGGCUACAUCGGCGUUGACGAGCAAACAAAUCAAGCAUGGCUACCGAAUGCCGAUUGGCUGCCGGGAGAUGCUGGUGCUGAGAAGGCUUAUUUGACCGGAGACCUGGUUAGACGUCUCGAGGACGGAACGUUUGAAUAUCUUGGGCGUAAAGACACACAAGUCAAGCUUCACGGGCAACGUGUUGAGCUUGGCGAGAUUGAAAUGCGCCUUAGUGAGAAUCUUCCACGAGACAUGGGCUGUAUUGUGGAUACCGUUGUCAACGAAGAUCAGUCAAACACUCUUGUAGCCCUGAUGUGGUAUACUGAAGGACCUCAAUCGGUUGCUGAGAAGCUAGGGGUUCUUGAAAACGUUUCAGACGGAAUGCGCAAACUCAUCAAUAACUUGGAGUCAUCUCUCAGCGAAACCCUUCCAACAUACAUGGUACCCAGCAUUUAUCUUAUAUUCCAAGGUGGUCCUGAGAGGAAGAGCUCGGGAAAGAUCGAUAGACGCAAAUUGUGCUCUGUUGUCAAAGAUAUCUCAGUCAAAGAUAGGCUCAGAUUUUCACCAGUUAAAGGUACCAACGAUCAGCCAGAGACUGACAAUGAACACAAACUCCGUGAUCUCUGGUCACAGGUCCUACAUGUGGAUGCCAAUGACAUUGGUCGUCAUGAUAAUUUCCUCAGAGCGGGAGGAGAUUCUAUAAGUGCCAUUAGACUGGUUACACUUGCUCAGGAAAUCGGACUCAGUCUUGAUGUUGGAACGAUCUUCCGGGAUCCAAGAUUAUCCGCAAUGGCGGCUACCCUUCAGGGGGGUAGUAUUCAAACUGAAAAAGAUCCUGAACGCUUCAGCCUGCUUGCAAACCACUUCCCUGUCAGCAUGGCUGUUCCAGAAGCCGCUAAGCAAUGCAAGAUGCGUAACUUCCGACAGAUCGAGGACAUGUAUCCUUGUACACCGUUCCAGAGUGGCCUCAUUGCACUCACCAUGAAGCAGCCGAAGUCGUACAUAGCCAAACACGACUUCCCCCUUUCAAGUAAGAUCGAUAUAGGGCUCUUUAAAGAAUCUUGGGAACGCACUGUUCAAGCUUGUGCCAACUUGCGAUCCAGAAUUGUUCAGGUUCAAGGGACGGAUUUACUGGUUGUUACCAAGGACAAUGUCACAUGGGAGAACACAUCCUUGGAUGUUAUCAGUAUGACUUAUGGGAGUCCGCUUAACAGAUUUGUUCUGCGGCAAGAUCAAGAAGGCGCUUACCAUUUCACCUGGUUCGUUCAUCACUCGGUAUUUGACGGGUGGACAAUUCGCCUAGUCAUGGAUACAUUCUACCGCAUUUAUCGCAAUGAGAAGCUUCCCAACGUCAGGCCAUACUCUUCAUUCAUUGCAUAUACCCUUCAGACCAAUGAUGAAGCCAAUAAGAAUUUCUGGGAGAAGCAGCUGCAGGGUGCCCAGAGAGCAUCUUUCCCGCCGAAGCCAUCGGGAGCUUCUCAAAGGACACGAGUUUUUCAGAAGUGCCUCUCCAUCUCAGAAUCUCAGCGGACUUCGGUUACUCGGGCUACCGCGAUUCGAGCCGCAUGGGCAAUUCUUCUUGCUCAAUAUUGCAGAACCGAAGAUGUAACAUUUGCGGCAACUGUCGCCGGACGUAACGCACCUGUUGCAGGCAUCGAAAAUAUCCCUGGCACAAUGAUCACAACCGUUCCCGUAAGAAUCCAUCUUGACCGUCAGAAGACCAUCCACGAAUUCCUAGAAUCCGUACAGUCACAAGCAAUCGAAAUGAUAGCUUAUGAACAGUAUGGGCUAUCAAACAUCGCCAAAGUCAGCUCUGACGCCAGAGAGGCUUGUGACUGCUCGAGUUUGACAGUAGUGCAGCCGGUUCAGCGCUUGGAUUACACACAGUCUGAUAACGAAGAGCUUAUGCUUCCUGUGAAUGAGGACGUCAACAACGAGGAUUGGCUGCAAGGAUACUUCACGUAUCCUCUAGUGAUGCAAGGGGCUCUGGAUGAAGAUAAGAUAGAAUUGUAUCUUAUCUACAACACGGAGGUUCUGCAAUCAGCACAGAUUGAAGCAAUUUAUCAUCAAUUCGAACAGAUUCUCUCCGAGCUCCUCACUGACAAUAAGCACAAGCUCCUGUCCGAUAUAUGUAUGGCUUCUCCUUGGGACUUACAAAUUGCAACGAGCCGAAACCCGAAGCCUGAGGUUUUCGAUGCUUGUAUUCAUGACAUUAUUGACUGCCACGCAAAACAGAACCCCAAUUCGCCCGCUAUUCACGCUUGGGACGGCACCCUUUCAUACAGGGAACUCGCGGAUGCGUCCGAUCGUUUUGCCCAACACCUCAUCGAUACUUAUAACAUCCAAGUUGGCGAUGUUGUUCACGUCUGCAUAGAGAAGUCUAAGUGGUAUUUUGUUGCUAUUCUUGCAAUUAAUAAAACCGGUGCCGCUUUCUCUCCCCUUGAUCCUGAGCAUCCGUUUGAACGCAGGAAGACCAUUGUUGAAAAAACAAAGUCAAAAUUGAUGAUUGUGUCAGCAACUCAUGCCAGUGUGUCCACCAAUCUAGUGCAGAAUAUCCUGGAACUUACACCUGAUCUUGAUUGCCAGCUGUCUCGCCUUGAUAGGGAAUUCAAGGGGCCGCUGAGGCCGGUGACACCUGCUGAUAUGGCCUAUGUUCUCUUUACUUCUGGAAGUACGGGCAUGCCGAAGGGUUUUGUUCUCGAGCAUCGAGCCUUGAGCUCUGCACAACAAACAAUCUGCAAGCGCGUCGGAAUCAGUGCCGAGGCUCGGAUUCUCCAAUUCGCAAACUUCGUCUUUGAUUUCUCGAUCGGCGAGAUCUUCAUGGCCCUUUUCUCAGGUGCCUGCGUAUGUGUUCCAUCUGAGGAAGCAAGGUUCAAUGGCGCGGCUGUCUUUAUUCAACAAGCCAGAGUUAGCCAUGCUUUCGUCAGUCCCUCCUUCGCUCUAACGCUAACGCCAGAGCAAGUGCCUUCGUUGAAAAUACUGUUCUUGGCUGGUGAAGCCGUACCGCAGCACCUUCUCAGCCAAUGGUAUGGGAAAGUGCGGCUUUUUAAUGGCUGGGGCCCUGGAGAGACCUGCGUCGCCAGUUCUCUCUAUGAAUACGCCACGCCUAAUGAUUUGUCAGAUACAAUAGGCACAUCGAUGGGCGCUGCUUGUUGGAUUGUUGACCCAGAAAACCCCAAUCAACUAGCCCCCAUAGGAACUGUCGGAGAGAUCUUAAUCCAAGGGCCCACGGUGCUCCGCGAGUAUCUUGCAAACGAAGAGAAGUCUAAAGAAACUAUCAUCACAGAUCUUCCAUCCUGGGUUCCCCAUAGGGAGACCCCACGCAUGGACAGAGCCUUCCUCAGCGGUGACCUUGCAUGUUACAAGCCUGAUGGAAUGAUGCAGUUCAUUAGCCGCAAGGGAACACAGAUCAAGAUCAGGGGUCUCCGAGUCGAGCUUGGUGAAAUCGAGAACAACAUCCUAGCCGCCUCCAAAGGAAUAGCUCAGGUUGCCGUGGACGUACUAGACAAUCCAAGGACAUCAUCGAAAGAGAUAGUUGCAUACUUCUCCGAUUCUGAAUCCAGGAAACUGUGUACAAAUCAAGAGAUUAACGCUGAGGACAUGUUCCACACCAUAUCUGAGCAACGCAAGUCCCAACUGUUGGAGCUAGUAGGUACACUGAAGCUUCGUCUCCCGGCAUAUAUGAUUCCUUCCAUCUUCAUACCCUGUACCUUUUUCCCGGUCGGCAUCUCUUCCAAACUCGACCGGAAAACUCUGAAAACAUGUGCAUCUGCUUUGUCCGAGGAGCAACGUCAACACUACUCCCUGGUGGACGCGGAAAAGAGGCCACCACAAACACCCAUGGAAACCCGUAUGCAAGCUUUGUGGGGUUCUAUCUUGAAUCGGUCAAUUGACAGCAUUGGUCGCGAUGAUAGCUUCCUCCAGAUUGGCGGCGACUCCAUUAUCGCAAUUCGCCUAGUUGCUACCGCCCGAGAAGCUGGGAUUGAACUUACAGUUCAAACAAUCUUCAAAGACCCUCGUCUCUUCAUGGUAGCUGCAGCAGCUAUUCUUGUCGUUGGGAAUGAGGGCUCCAUCUAA